AUGGGAAGGCUGCUGUACCUAGAGCUGUUGCUGUGGUUGCUGCUGCUGUCGCCGGGGUCUCGUGGUGAUGAAGGACAGCCACUCCAUCAGCUGUUUGCGUCUCUGAGCAGACUGGAGGAGAAGGUGGCACGGGCAGAGGAGAGGCUGGUGGAGAUAUCUCGUCAUAGCAUGUUGCAACAGUUUGGUGUGGAGGAGAGCAGCGUUUUGGCCCCAGUUGACGAUCUGUCGUUCCGAGUUCCCCGUGGCAAGGCUUUGGAGGAGAUGUCUCACAAAACUGGGGCAAGAUUUACCCUCUUUGAUGGGGAUGUACCGGGCUUCCAAGCCUUCAGCAAGCUGGACCGUCUGUUCUCCCACGUGCCUGGACAAGACAACAGACCCGGACAGCUGAGCCAGCCCGAGUUUGGACAGCCCAUGUACUCCACCGACCCUCAGCGGAAAGAUCUGCCGCUCAACCUGGGCUACUACCAUAGAGCCUUCCGAUUUGGAAAACCGGGGGCUAUGGGGCUAACGGGUGCUAAAGAACUUUAG